AUGCCUUGGGGCGGGGGAGCCGGCUUUCCAGAAGUUCGAAGCAGUGUUUCCAGCGGAAGUGCUGAGUUGAGCUGUAAGUCUCCUCCUUCCCAGCCCUGCCUUUGCUGGCAGCAGCACGGACUACAUCACCCAGGGUCCUUCGCGCGGAUCCGGAAUUUUCAUAGAGAGAGGGCUGGAGUCCCAGGUGAUAUCAGCAUGGCCAAGUUACUAGUCUCCCCGGUGGGACCCCUAGAAGAAUCUUUACCCGCCUUGCAGAAGCGUCCCUGCUCUCCUUCCAAAAUAGCCCAGGGUUUCCUGGAGGAAGAAUUAAGACUGAAUGCUGAGCUGGACAAGCUACAGUUCUCAGAGCCUGUGGGCUUUAUUUAUAAUCCCUUGAAAUAUGCCUUGGAGCUUCACCGAAGCUAUGUCACCAGAUACUGCCAAGGUCCCAAGGAAGUGCUGUUUUUGGGCAUGAACCCAGGGCCCUUCGGCAUGGCCCAGACUGGGGUGCCCUUUGGGGAAGUGUCUGUGGUCCGGGACUGGCUGGGCAUUGUAGGAACAGUGUUAACUCCACCCCAGGAACACCCCAAGCGGCGAGUGCUAGGGUUGAACUGCCCACAGUCAGAGGUGAGUGGUGCUCGCUUUUGGGGCUUUUUCCGUGGCCUCUGUGGGCAACCUGAGACCUUCUUCAGACAUUGCUUUGUCCACAACCUAUGUCCUCUUCUUUUCUUGGCCUCUACGGGGCGCAAUCUCACACCUGCGGAGCUGCCUGCCAAGCAGAGAGAGCAGCUACUGGGAGCCUGUGAUGCUGCCCUUCGACGUCAGGUGCAACUGCUGGGUGUUCGCCUGGUGGUAGGAGUGGGGCGCGUGGCAGAACAGCGGGCUCGCCGAGCACUGGCAGACAUGGUGCCUGAGGUUCAGGUAGAAGGGCUCCUGCACCCUUCUCCUCGAAGCCCACGGGCCAACCGAGGAUGGGAUGCUGUGGCUAGAGAACGACUGAAGGAAUUGGGCCUCAUGCCUCUGUUGACAGUUGAGUGAAGUGCCUAAAAUAUGCCCAUUCCCAGGCUGAAGACAAUAGGGAAAGCCAGUGUUCCCAGGCAUAGAAAUCUCAUCCUUGGAUGUGGAGAAGACAAUAUGCCAGCUGGGCUGAACAUACAUGUGAUAAGGUGCUAUUUGUAUAUGUAACAUCCUGACCAGAUCCCAUCUAGGGAACUGGAAAAUGUUUACUUUCAUUCUCUGAACUCUUUAUACUGUUUCAGUCAUAACACUAUUCUCACUCUCCCUUCUAAUUCGUGCCUCCUCUCUCAUUUGGGCCCUUCCACUUUGGGCUUGGUACCCAUACACUACAGGGAGCUGGCAAGUAGAUGCUUUCCCAGAUAACGUGAUACCUUUUGUCUCUUCCUCCUCUUUGGUGGUCUGGCUAAGUGGCUUAUGGAGAUGGUAUUGGCACCUACAGGAAGAAAGGUCCCAACCAGAAGCCAUGACUAUCUGUAGGAAACUUUGAACUUGAACUUUUAAGACAUGGAUAUGAGAAAUGGGCAUCAAUGCAAAGGAGGGAUCAAAGUUAGACUUGGAGAGGACAUCCUGACCGUUGAGGGCUGGAGGCACUGAAAUGCACUACCAAGAGAGGGGAUAUUUCUGUUCUUGAAGAUCAAACCUUCAUAUUCAUACUUUGUGGUAAAGAACUGCUAUGCUCAAGUGAACCUGAUGACCCCUGAAAAACCUUUUUAGCCUGAAAACUUAUUUCUGGAUGCAUUAAACCCCUAACCCCUC